GCGAAAUCAGCGAAAUCGCCAGAGUGUACAGAGUUUUGGCUACUAUGUCUGAUAUUUGACGCGCUCUUACCUGAACUUCUUGCACGAUGUCGCGUGUUCUAGUCCAUUUUACCGACGACAACACGUAUGAGGUGGUAAGAAAAGAAGACAUUCGCGGAAAGCGAUCGUUGGUGACAACGGGAGACAGAGUCAAGGUAAAUUGGCGCGGCAUGGGGCUUUACGGAGCAGUGGUAGUAAACGUUUCAGAUAAUGAACAUGACCUAUCCCAGGAAAUGAACGACCUGAUCGCAACUAAGAACAAGGCCACGGUGCAUCGAAAAAGGACCCCCUCUGUCCAUGUAAUGCAGGCCCAAGAUCUUUUUAAAGAGAUUAUGGACGAAGGCACUAUUGAUGCGCUUAAGUUGGAAAUUCUGGUUUUAAGGAAAGAAAACAAACAACUGAAGAGGGAGUUGAGGAAACGGAGAACUGCAGAGGAAUACCUGGAGCGGGCUGAAAAGAUACUGAAGGCAGCCGCACCUUUCCAGACCCUCUGCAUUGCCCAGGGAGAGGACAUCAAUUUUAAUGGAAAUGGCAUCAUAAUACUAAAUGAGCCAGGCACUGGUACAGAAAGCAGCCAAGUGGUCAGAUUCAACAAAGAUCCGGAGCUGCGAGACGAGCCACAACCAGACAGACCAAAUGACAUGCCACUGCGACAGGAGCCAGAAGGCGUGCCACAAGAGCCAGAGGAGCUAGAAGACGUGCCACAAGACCCUCCACAAGACUAUCGCUCACCUGAGCACCCCCCACAAGAAUAUCUCCUAGAAGAACACUCACCAAAGCAACACCCCCCACAGCAGCACCCUCCACAGUGCCAGUUUCGACGCAAGAAACAGGACAACAUGGUGAAGGACAACAUACUUAAAGAGUUUUCUGAUACUAAUGAGACAGCCAUCGUUGCGGAUGGGGAUGUGCUACGACCGGUCGAAAACCCAUUCCAGGAAGUUACGGCUGAACAACCCUUACAAACCAGUGUUCCUGGUCACGAGAUUAGCCACGACAGCACUGCAUCUCAUCCCGGCCCUGCACUCAUAGAGCCAACCCCUGGACCUUCAGGAUACAAGUUCCACGACUUCCCGGUCAACAUCUGUCAAGAGAUUGCGGAGACAAAAGAAGGCCUAGUGUCUGGAACUUUGCGGGCCAAGAUCGUAAAGCACAUUGUUUCUGCACUAUGCGUCAAUACCAUAUACUGCAUCCCCAGUGGGGCUAUGGCAGGAGUGGGGGUUAUACACAGACGGUCCAGACAUCACUAUGGACCACUGUCAGCGGCACACAGAAAUUCAUCUGGUUGUAGUGACCGGAUGUUUCCUGGCAACAAAUUCCAACGUUCAAUGAUGUAUCCUUGCGAGCACUAUCUCGCAGCCGCCAAAGACCUAGUACGCAGAUACCCACAGCUCAAGGACAAGUCACGAACACACUGUGUUUCCUGGCAUGCAAGUAUCAAGAACCGGGCCAGAAACAUAAGGAAAAGGAUGCCAGCCGGUGUGAACGAAGUGGACGCCAGAAAAGCUGAAGCUAAGGCUCACCGAGAGCGAAGAGCUGCACUUCCUUGCAACCAGCAGUGCAGGCCAAAGAAUGCAGUUAGAAAUGUGUUUCCCGCUGCGAGCUGUGGCACUGGAGAGGACGAGGCAGCAGUUCAGGGACAGGUGGACCUCAUGAAGAAGGAGAUGAAGAAGACAGUGUGGGAUCAGAAAAAAGUACAAGAUGCCAUGAACAGGACCUACAAAACUAGGAGGGCAUGGCUAAAUAAAGAAAAUUUGACUGUGGCUGCUGUGACGGAUCGGUACCCAGCGCUUGCACUGACACAAGAGAUUCAGCUGGAGUUCCGACGCCAGACAGGGAGAGAUGCCCAGGAGGGUCUCUCUGCCUUCCUGGAGAGAAGCACCAAGGCCCUCUAUAAGCUUUUCUGUAUGAAAUCAUCAUCAAAACAAAAGGCAAAACAAAUAUUAGAAGCUGCCGAGAAGUGCCCAGAAGAGGGUGAAACUCUCCUUGCCAACGGUGCCCUGAUCUUGCUGCCAUGCCUGCUGAAGGAAAGAAGCGACAACCUCGUGAAGAGCCUGGAGCCGGGCACCCAGUACAUCAACCCAAGUAUUGUGUACACUGGUGAGGACGCGCUCACAUCUUCAGUGUAUGCGGUCAGAGUAAAAGGUGUGACCAUUGAUGCUGCAAGCCUUAAACAAGCAGUGGCGUUGUUGAUCUGCCUGUUCUGGGCUUUUAACAUUGAAUACUCAGUGGAAAUCAAAAAUACACUCACCCUUCUUGAGCGUGCCAUUGGGGUUUCGCACACAAAAAUGGGCACACGUGCAUUGCAAGUCUGGAGCUGCUUGUGAGUUCCAGACCUGCUUUCGUUAAUUUAUAAUAAAGCUGUUCAUAGUGUACCAUCUGUGCAGUGCCUUAUAGAGACUUGUUUUGGAGUUGAACAUUGGUUUAAACCUAAGUUACUUUAAAUGAUGCCAUCGUUUUUUUAAACGAAAGCCUUCUGAUUUAAAUGUGUACUCUAUACUUUGAAAAUAAACAUAUUAAAAACA